UUAAAGGAAACAAAGUGGGCGGUGUGCAGCAGAUGCCGAUCACUUGCAGAAACCGUCCACUUUUGAGAGUUUAUUCCUUGAUGAUGUCGAAGAUGGCAGAAAACAUAUUGCUUGCACGUCGCUCAUCGUUGUGGCUGUCACUGCAAGAGAUCUGUCUGAGUGUCCAUGGUAACGUGUCUAAAAAGGGAAGGUCAGCGUAUCAAAAUCAAAGCUGGGCGCUCGCCGAUAAAACAUAACUCAACCUCGGUCGAUAAAGCGACAUCCCCUCCUCCUCCCCCUACCUUGGGUCUCUCAGGGUUGACGGAUUUCUCCUCCUCUACAGCCUUUCUGGCACCCACACUCCUUGUUUUAUUUCUCUCAUUAUAUCCCUCUUUUGCUCCAACCAUGCUCUCGUCAAUCCCGCUUGUCCUCGCCGUAGCGUCACUAUCGCCUCUGGCAUCAGCUCACAUCGCCUUCUGGGACAAAUCCAUGUUUGGAUUCAACGUGACUCAACAGACUUUCCAAGGUGACAACCGUCCCGUGAUCCCUCUGAUGGAUAUGAGCUUCGACGAAUGGUGGUUCCAUGGUCAUCUCGAUUAUCCUCCCCACGAUGGCGACUUCUUCGAGCUACCUGCCGGGGGCACGGCCAUGUCGCAACUUUCUUGCGACAAGGGUGCUACCAGUUGGUAUGCCUCUUCUCCAGGCGGCGACGCUGGUUAUGGUGGCGACUACCCUUGUCCCGGUCAGCCAUUAUCGCAAUUCCACACCACUGGCAUUGAAGAUGUCACGGGAUGUGGAUUGGGUAUUGCGUACAAGUCUGACGCUCGCAGCGUUCAACCCGAGGAUUUCGCCAUUUUCAGCGUAAACCACACCUGCGUUUGGUACUUGAACACCGCCUUCCAAGUUCCUUCUGAUAUGCCUGCUUGUCCGGAGGGUGGCUGCACUUGCGCUUGGUUCUGGAUCCACUCUCCUGAUAGCGGUGCCGAACAAAUUUACAUGACCGGCUUCAAGUGCGAGGUCACCGGCGCACAUGCAACGAAGCCCAUUGGCAAGCCCGCCGUCGCUCGUCGCUGCGGUGCCGACGCUGCCAAUGGCGUGAACCAGGCUACUCCAAGCAACUGCACCGUCGGACCCAAGCAACCACUAUACUGGUACCAGAAGGAGAGGAACAAUAUGUUCGAGGGAACCUACUCACCACCCGUGUACAACGACCUGUAUGGCUUCGCAGAUGGUGCUCAGAACGACAUCUUCCAAGCGGCAACCGUGAACGGCGUUUCCGUAUUCGGUGACGAUCCCGCAGCUGGAGGUGCACCGCCUACGAACCCUCCUGCCCCCUCUCCUCCUGCCUCUUCUGCCGCCCCAGCGGCCUCAUCUCCCGCUCAAUCAUCUGCCCCUGCUCCCACUGUCGAGACACCAGCACCUGUUCCUCCUACGUCAUCUCCCCCAGCUGAUUCCACUCCUUCAUCUUCUCCCGCAACUCCUACCCCUUCUCCUGACACUGGAAACCACGAAGUGGUUCAAACAUCUGCAUUGCCUGCAUCUGAGACGCCCUCAUCCCCGGACGCUUCUUCGCAAACUCCUGCAACCAGUACUACACCUACUCCUGAGGUGACUACAACCGGUGCUGCGCCUACUCCUGAGGUGACUACCACCAGUACCGCGCCUACCCCUGAGGUAACGACAGUCAGUACUACGCCCAUUCCCGAGGUGACUACGUCUGCUUCGGCCCCGGCUUCGACUAAGAAGUGCACGAAGAAGGGCAACAAGAAGAAGAGAGCUGCAAAGGAAGCCGAGCUCAAUGCUCGUCACGACGCGAUUAGACGUCACGUCAAGAGGCGUCUUCCUGACGGCUUCUAAGCCUCUUAUUCUCGUUGUACUUCGGUUCCUACUCUCCUCGAACAGCAUCGAACCCGCAUCUCAAAAUCGUCAACCCCCGGCAUACCCAGGCGAACGUUCGCAACGUACCCGUCUACCCUUUUGAACCCUGCAGGCAGAAGGAGCGAGCGCUAGAGUGGCUUACUCUCGACUUCCAUCCAUGUCAAAUGAUAACUUAAUGAGACGAGAGAAGACCCCGCAUAUUGCUCAGUAACCCACAAUACCCCCUCAUCAAUUGUCCAUCCGCGAUGCACAUCUAUAUCUUUCCCAUUUCCUGACUUGCAGAAUCUGUGUAUCCAGUAUAUCCCCUUCGCUAGACGUCUUGUCUUCAUUGCCUACUGUCUUGCAGUUCGAGCUCGAAGUUUCUCCCCCUGUUCCGUGAUUCUCAUGGUCGCUUUGUCGUCCGCUGUUGUGUUCUUGUGUUACCCCUCUUCCUUUUCAGCGACGCACUUUGCUGCUGAGUGCUAGAUAGUCCGGCUGGUUAGAAAUCUAAGUAGUUAUCUAUUCACUACUUGUCCACAGUUCUCUAGUUUUAUAGUAUCCUUUGUGCAAUGCUAAAUGUUUCGAAGAAUC